AUGCACCUGUCGUCCGACAUGAGCGGCGCCAACGUCGACGGAGGCGGCGGCGGCGGCGGUGGUGGAGGCGGCGGGGGCGGCGGCGCGUUCGGGGGCCUGACGGCGGACGUGUUGGCCGAGCGGACGCUGGACGGGCUGCUGGCCGAGCACCCGGGGGAACUGGUGCGCACGGGGAGCCCGCACCUGGUGUGCACCGUGCUGCCGCCGCACUGGCGCUCCAACAAGACGCUGCCCGUCGCCUUCAAGGUGGUGGCGCUCGGCGACGUCCUGGACGGCACCCUGGUGACGGUGCGCGCCGGCAACGACGAGAACUACUGCGCCGAGCUGCGCAACUGCACCGCCGUCAUGAAGAACCAGGUGGCCAAGUUCAACGACCUGCGCUUCGUCGGCCGCAGCGGCAGGGGCGGACUUGAAUUCCAGUACCGUAUUAUAACGUCGUACUUCCUGAAAAGAGUAAUUUGCUUUUCGACGAUUUCGACGAGUGAAACACAGCAGCAGACAUGGGCGGCCCCGCCUGUGUUGACCUCGGCCGCUGCGAGCCGGGACGCUGAGUUUGACUGCCCGCCAGUGCCUGAGGGUGCGCUGUCUGUGGCGCCGCAGCCGCGUCGGAUGCAACACUUGCUACGGCGGGGCGCGAUCGUGAUCCGCAUGCCGCCUCAGACGCCGCCGCCCUCUGCUCGCUUAGUUAGGGGGGCGUGCGGGACGCUCCGACCCUUCGACCGCCUGAGGCCGCGCGGCGGUUCUUCAGCAAACGCCUCGCCUAGGCGUCCGAGUGUGCCACGACGCUUCAAGGUCGUGCGCGUCUGUUGUAACAAGAUUCCUAUAAGACGUGUCAAAGACGACUGUUUUUUAAAGUAA